GAGGAACUGGCCUUGGAGAGAAGAAGGAAGUGRAGUUACAUUGAGGAAGGAUCAAAACAUCUAAACUGGGUUGCCGUUUUUACAAACAAAUUCAGGUGCAUAGCGAAGGCGAAAGGCUUCGAGAAGCCUGGGAUUUCUCUUCAAAUUCUGAUACAAAAGCUGGGAUGAAGAACUGUCUAUCUAAUUUCAGUUUAUUUAAUGGCAGGUAUUGGAAAUUUCACAGUAAAAAGGAAGACAUUUUUAUCAGACAUAUAAGUGCCAUAAGCCCUCGACAAAGAUCUUUACAUCAUCCGUAAAUUAAUCAUGCAAUAUUUAAUUUAAAGUUUGUGAUUGAAAUUGAUUACUUUGGUAUUGCAUUAAGUGAGCGCUAGAUACAACAAACUGUUUUGUGCGCGCGAGCUGAGGAUCUCCACGGCCAGUUAGCUCUGUGGUCGGAGGUAUUUAAAUUCAAGGCAAUCAUUGUUAUUGCACGAAAUGUUUCCAGCUGGAUACAGUAAGGCCUGAAAAGUUUGUGCGUUCGCUGUUUUUUGAACGACACAUUUGACCGAGUUUAUUUGAUGUGGGKCAGUGCAUAGUUAAUUGUUAGGUUCGUUAAAUUCGUACGACCAUUGUUGAAUAUCUAACUAACGUGUAAGACAGAUGAUUGCGAAAAAGACAAGUGUCAUUUUGUUUAUCAGAAUUGGCGACCUGACCUCCUGGUGGUGGCAGAUUGUAGCCUUUACGGUCGUCUCUAAGCCUAGGGGCUAGAUAGGGGAUGAGUAUAUGCAUUUUAAACACUUAAUAUUUUGCAUAAUAAAAAUAAAUAAACUGUCAAGAUGAAACUCCUGGAGAAUUCUAGUUUUGAAGCCAUAAACACAAGACUCACCAUUGAAACGGGGGACUGUCAGAUAAUAGGAAGGAUCGAGAGCUACUCUUGCAAGAUGGCAGGCGAGGACAAGCAGAUGUUCAAGCAGUUCUGUCAGGAGGGACUGCCUCAUGUCCUGGAAGCCCUGUCCCCUCCACAGUCCUCAGGAAUAAGCCCCAACAAGUUGAGCCAGAGUCAGAGUGGAGAUGAGGGGGAAGGGCCUCUCUCUGACAAGUGCAGCAGGAAGACCCUCUUUUACCUGAUCGCCACCCUCAACGAAUCCUUCCGCCCCGACUAUGACUUCAGCCGCACGAAGAGCCACGACUUUAGCAGAGAGCCCAGCGUUAACUGGGUGUUCAACGCGGUGAACAGUAGUCUGUCGGCGGCGGUCGGGGAGGAUUAUAGUCUGCUUCAGCCCCAGCUGUGGGAGGCCAUCGACGCUGAGAUCUGCCUGACCGAGUGUGACAUCUACAGCUACAACCCAGACCUGGACUCUGACCCGUACGGAGAGGAGGGCAACAUGUGGUCCUUCAACUAUUUCUUCUACAACACAAGGCUGAAGAGGAUUGUCUUCUUCACAUGCCGCUCGGUCAGUUUAUUCAUGGCACCACGGGACUCUGGCAUUGGCAAUGAACUGGACCUGGAGCUGGAUGAAGAUUUUUAUGAGAACAUGGAUGAAGAUAGCGGGUAUGGUGCCCUGUGUGCCCAGUGAAGCACCAGUCCCAGUCUCAUACAGGACCAGACAGUAUACUGGAUGUCUGUCUGUACCCACGUCACUACCAUUUAUUUUACAACUCAUCUAAAACUCAUCAUAUUUCGUGUUGGGAUUUUACUUCUGUUUUUUUCUCUGACUUUGUGUGGUGAACCUCACUGUAUUUUACUGUGGAAAUCAGACUAUGAGCUUGGAGAUCUGUUACUCAUGUUCAGAUGAGGAUUAUUCCCAUUUAUUUGUGUUUAUCAUUUUAAUUUUCCAUCGCUACGUUCUCCUUACCUUGUUUAUCAGAAGCAAAAGCUUUGUUUUGUGUGUUUGACCUGGUAUUAGAGCAUGUCCUGGCACUCAUUAAUUUGCAACAUAUUUCACAUUCUCUAUGCUGGUUUUGAUAAUGCAUUAAUUAAGCAAAGUUUUUGAUUUUUAUUAUGUUUUUCAAGCUUUACCAUUCCAAAGUGUGAGCUGUUCUCAUACCAAAUUGGCACUCAAGGUUUAGGUAUAGGACCAUUCUCAGACUGCAUGCUUGAGCGCAUGUUUGAACACCAGGGGGCAGACUCAAUUUAGGUGUCCUCCACUGUAGCUACAUCCAUAAAACUGCUGUUUGCCGAUGGCCAAACAAUACUGUCAUUUCAAUCUCAGCUGAUGGAAAAGUCAUAUAACAGCUUGAAUCAGUCUGCCUCUUGGUGAUGUUCUACCUUCCAUACCAAUGCUACUCAAGCCUACAAUUGUUUAUUUGUUUUUAUUUAGCGACAAGUGCAGUCUAUAGUUUUAUGGGUCAAGCCAGCAAAUACGAUUCUGCUGCAUAUCUGUUCCAAAAGCACUCCAGAAUCUAGUCUUGAUUCUCAAUUCCAUGGUGUGUUUUAAGGACUUGUGUGACAUGUGACUUCUCAUAUGUAGUACAAACUCUGCUUGUAGAGUAUACUGUUUGAAUUUACAUAUCUUGUAUUUUAAUAUAACUUAAAGCCUUUUUUAGGUAUUGCUUUAGUUUAAGCAUUUUUUUGUGUGUUUAGUUAGAGCGGUGCCCCCUGUGUGUGGCAUUUUGAAAUGUAAUUUUAGACUUAGUUUCAAGACAAAUCUAAACAUCUGAUUUAUAAUUUCCACUGCAAAAACUCCCUGUAGAGAUCAGUGAUGCCUAUGGUCCAACAUUCCUGAUCAAAUUAAGCAUGUACUGAAUAUGCAAUAAUGCAUUUGUGACUAAUGGGUGGACUGAAGAGCAAGGC